AUGGAGGAAACUUAUCUACUCAACCAUCCUGGAGUGAAGAAGAAGAUUCUGCAUGGGGGCCGGGGCCCUCUGCCUCACUUCCCAAAUGGGACAAAGUUGGUGUUCCACUUCCAGACAAUAUUGGACAACUUUGAGAGAACAGUGAUUGACGACAGUCGCAGAAACAAGCGCCCCACCGAGAUUUUCGUGGGGAAGAUGUUCAAGAUGGAGGUGUGGGAGGUGCUGCUAACAUCCAUGAGGAUCGGCGAAGUGGCGGAGUUCUGGUGCGAUGCCAUCCACACAGGACUGUACCCCAUCGUCUCUAAAGGAAUGCGACUGGCCGCUCAGGGGAAAGACCCACUGGAAGGGCACAAACACAUGUGUGGUAUGGGCAACGUGUUCACCUACCACUCCACAGGCUUCCCUGAGCUCGAUGAGCUGAUGAGAGAGCCACAGCCUCUAAUCUUCAUCAUGGAGCUAAUCUCGGUGGGCGACCCGCUCUCCUACCACCGCGAGUCCUGGCUUAUGGACAAGGACGAGAAGAUGCAAAUGGUGCCCUCCCUCCAUCUCCAGGGCAACAAUCUGGUCCGGCAGGGCCGUUACCGUGAGGCCUCAGAGAAGUACAAGGAGGCUGUGCUGCUGCUUCGGGUUGUUCAGUCCAGGGAGAUGCCAGGAGAUGAGGAUUAUAUUAACCUGGGCAAGCUCAUCAUCCCUCUGGUCCUCAACUACUGUCAGUGCAUGCUGGAGCUAGAAGAAUACUAUGAGGUGAUCGAGCACACCACUGAACUGAUAGAGAAGCACAAAGACUGUGUGAAGGCUUACUAUAAACGAGCGAAAGCUUACGCUGCCGUGUGGAGUGAGAAGGAGGCCAAACGGGACUUCUUGAUGGUGGCCAACUUGGAUGUGACUCUGGCCAGGCUGGUGCAUAAAGAGCUGAAGAACCUCUCUGAGAGAAUGAAGGAGAAAUACUGGGAGGACAAGGAGAGGUACUGGAACAUGCUUGAAGAGAAAGAGAAGAACAAGGGAGAGAAAGAGAAUGAGGAGGAGGAAGAGGAAGAAAGAAUGGCUGAGCAGGAGACAAAAGAGAACCUGAGUGAGGAUGUCCAGUGUCUUCAGCGGGAGGUCAAAGAGGAGGAGGAGAAGAGUGCAUCAGCUGCUGAGGAAAACACGCAAAAGAGUGAAGCAGAAGAGCUGAAGUCAGAGGCAAAUGAACGAAUAGCAGCUCUGAUUGAGUGCAAGGACCGGCAGCAGAUGUUACGGCUAAUUAUGAUUCUCCAAGAUGAAGGCAGUUUCUAUAUUAAGGAGCAACAUUAUGCUGAGGCCAUGGUGAAAUUCAAGGAGGCCCUGGAGUAUGUAGACUAUCUUCAGACCAAGGUAGUGGACUAUAAGGGAGAAGACUGGGAGUCCCUAGAGAAAGUGCGUCUGCCACUCACUCUCAACCUCAGCCAGUGCAAGUUUGAGCUUGGGGAAUACCAAGAGGUGGUUAAUCUCAACAACAAACUGCUGAAGAAUCACAAAGACAAUCUGAAAGCUAUCUAUCAGCGUGCUCGUGCUCAUUCAGCCUUGUACAAUGAGGAUGAAGCUCGUCGGGACUUCUCCAGAGUGGUGCGUCUCGACCCCAAGUUCAAACCCAUCGUGCAGCAAGAGCUGAAGAGGCUUGGGGAGAAUCUUCGGGCCAAGCAUGUUCAUGAUAAGAAGAACUACUGGACCACCAGUCAGGAGAAGUGGGAAAAGAAGGCCCAGACCAAAAAAGGUGGCAAGUCUGAAAAGAAAAAGGAGGUGAAAUGGGCUGAUGAGAGCAAAACUACUGGAGAGAGCUUGGCAGUGGUCAAGGAUGAAGGACAACAAGAAAAAACUGCCGACUCUGACAAAAAAGAGGUGGAGAGCACAUUCAGCCUACCAGGCAAUAAGGAGCAACAGGAUGAGAAGACAAAAAGCUUAAACAAGGAGCAGGCAGGCUGUCCGGGCCUGACAGAGGGGAAGGCAGAGACAGAUAACAAGCCUAUAGAUAAGGGGAAAGGUUUAGCCCAAGCCGAAGUCAGGAGAGAUUAUCUGGACAGUACGCUGAGAUUCGACACUGAUAGCAAGGUCAGGGAUGUCUCUCUUACAACUGCCCAGGAAGAGGCUGUUAAAAACACAGCUGGCACAGAGAGCACCGAAGUCCAAAAAGAGUUAAUCAACACAGCGGGCGGUGGGGAGCAGGGCUCUAGUGGUGAGCCAGGGGCUAAAAAGGGAGAAGGACAGGCACAACACAGCAACAGGGCUGAGACCAAGAAAAAAAGGAUGACUAGUAGUAGUAGCCGGGGCACUCAGGGAAAGAAUGCAAAUGGAAAAACGUUUCCUAAAGAAUCACCCACUACAGCCAGUGCAUCCAAAGCAUCAUCUGCAAAAACUGCUUCUAAAAUUGCUAAACACAAACCUAAAAAAAUAUAAACACAUCUACACCCCAUUCCCCUACUUAAACUCGGGGAUGUGUCCUGGAGCACUAAAGCAGGCGCGGCAGACAUUGUGUA